AGUCUGUGUACAAGUGUGAUGAACUGAGGACGCAUUUCUUACCACGCACUUUUCUUCCUCCGUGGAAUUCACUAUAUUCGCUCCUUGGAUCUCUAAAAUAAAAUAAAGGUGCAUCCCAAUUGCCAGGACAUUCGCCCGCCAAAGUGGCUUUUUUGUGAUCAGUCAAUUUCGUGAUAACGGAUUUUAUUAGUGACUCAUACCGGCAAAUUUGUGAUUGUUUUUUUUUCUAACUGGAGAGAUUGCCAACGAAAUAGGAUUCAAAAGUUGGCUAGGACCUCUUAAAUUAAUUUUCCGAAAUUCCGGAUCCCGAACAAUAAAUAGAUCCUUUAAAAAAAAAUUUAGACUUUAGAAAACAAAGGUAUAGGGCGAUAGGGCUUUGUUCGCAAUACCAGUGAUACACAACAAUCCUGCAAAAAUUCAGGACAAUGACCAUGUGAAAAGUGCUGAGUGAUGCCAAGUGCAACCCAUUGAUCUCUGUUUAUCUCUCCGUGACACUGUGCAUAUCCUCAUCAACGGCAUGAGUCAGUGUCGAAUGUGAUUGACCCCUGUGAGAGUGCAUAAAUAAUCCAGGCCAAUACAAUGUGCCCACGGGAAAUCUAAAUUGAGUCACAUAAGCUCCUACACAAUGCACACCAUCUUCACGGAUCAGAACACCUUCUCGCGCCACUAUGCCCAUGCUCAGCCGGGGUAUCCAAGUGCCGCCGGGGCCACCAUGGGUCCGGCGCCGCACUACACCUAUGAUCAAUUUUCCCGGUACACCUAUCCCAGCAACUAUGCCCUAACGAGUCCACACCAUCAGAAUAAGGAGAUGGUCAAACCACCGUAUUCCUACAUUGCCCUUAUUGCCAUGGCCAUCCAGAAUGCACCAGAGAAGAAAAUCACUCUUAAUGGGAUCUAUCAGUACAUCAUGGAUAGGUUUCCCUACUACAGGGACAACAAACAAGGCUGGCAGAAUUCCAUCCGGCACAAUUUAUCUCUCAAUGAGUGCUUUGUGAAAGUUGCGAGAGACGACAAGAAGCCUGGCAAAGGUAGCUACUGGACCUUAGAUCCAGAUUCCUACAAUAUGUUCGAUAAUGGUUCAUUCCUGCGACGCCGGCGGAGAUUUAAGAAAAAGGAUGCGUUGCGAGAAAAAGAAGAAUCCCUCAAGAGACAGAAUCUCGUGCUAGAUGACAAGAUGACGGACAUUAAACCAAUUAAACUAGUCGCAAAUGCAAUGCUGGAGAGUGGGAAGCACCAUCAGUUCAAGAAGGAGCCUGGACUUGAGCUAGCAUCUCAGUGCAUGGCUAAGGAUAGCCUCACGGGAGCAUCCAUCCUAAAUGCUUGUCACGAUACCCUAGCCUCGCAGAUGAACCACCUCAGUGCUGGCGCUGAUCAUGGCUUCACUGUUGAUUCCCUCAUGAAUGUCUACAACCCGCGCCUACAUCAUUCAGCCUAUUCGGCGGCGUAUCAUUUCAACGAGGAUAAUCUCGCUGGUGCCGCAUCCCAAAUGCGCCAUCAUCACUCCAAUCAUCAUCCUCAUGGAGGCUGGUACACACCUGAGACGCCACCAGACGCCAAUGCUAAUAACACAGCUGGUGCCACGGGUCCGUCUGUUGCCAUUGUGUCAUCUGCGCCACCCACUGCCGGAUUCCGCGAUAUGGUUGUCUUUGAGCACAGCCAACACUGUCAAAUGGACUCUGGGAGUCCGGGUGGUGGUAGCCUAGCCUCGGGGAGCCCACCCGUACUCGGCGGGGCUUCGUCCGUUGCCGCAGCGGCUGCUGCUCAUUUGCCCACCAACCUAGGUCACUACAGGCCCCAUGUGGGCUACUACCCGGACUGUGUUAAGUACGGGGUGUAAGUUCUUCAAUGACACAGACACUGAUGGUUUCUUCCUGGGCAAAUUGUUACAAGUAAGCAAACUAUUUUACAAUAGAAGAGAAAUAUUCUUAAAAAAAUCUACGGGUCAAUAAUUUCCACAAGAAUAACGCAUUCAAUUAUUUAAAAAAAAACGCAAAACCGGUACUUUACGAUUAAAGGAAUAUAAUUUGAAAUAAGUGAAAAAGUUUGCUUUUUUAUCUUCUUUUACGUCUUUUACUAAAAAAAAACGGAAACUUUCAUUAGUUUCUUACCCUAAGUGAAUAUUUUCGAAUAUCAACUUUUAAAGAAUAUUCAUUUAAGUUUUUGAAAAAUAUAUUA